GGCAGCAGACAUCUCCCCCUCGGUGAACUGGUGAGGCUCCGCGUCACUCAGCAGCCACACGCAGAGCGACACAUACACGAGAGCGCGCAUGGAGACACGUGGACGCAGCAAAUGCCAUAAAACACCGAUUCUGGAGGACAUCCAGCUGCGCGAAUUGGUUUCUCUCCUGUUGUUGUGCAGCUGUCAGGAAGCAGGAAGUGAACGACGUGCGCAUGCGUCGACCGUACCAUGACCCUUUUCAGUAUGAGCCAAGCCAGCAGUAAAACAACCGAUAAGCAGGUGGGCAAAUUCUUUUUUCCCUAUGAAUUUUGCAUGAAUUUGAUUUAGCUGCAGAUAAUGCUUAACUUAAUACCAAAAGUCAUUUGUACAGCUGCGCUGCAGUCACAGACUACAGGGAGAGAGGUGGGGAAAACAACAAUGGAAAAAGUUUUUCUGAGCAUCAUUGUGGCAUCAGGGCUGUGUGGCGUCUCCUCACGCACUGAACGUCGGUACCAUUUUGUUUAUGACCUGUACAACAUGACUGAAGCUCUGAGCUACUGCAGAGAAAAACACACCGACCUGGCCACGAUAGACAACCAGGACGACGUGAACGUCCUGAACGCCCUGGCAGAUCCAAGCAAAAUGAACUACUCAGAAUACAGUUCGGUGAGCUCACAAAACCACAGGUUGAAUAAGGUGAAAUCCUGUCUAUCACUGUUAAACAUUUCACUAAAGAAGAAACGCCGUUUUCAGCGAGCCUGGAUUGGGCUGUACGACGACCUGAACAGCUGGAGGUGGUCGCUGUCUGACACAGGUUUCUACAAACACGGGGAAACUGAGUUCAGGAAUUGGUUAGAUGAAGAACCGAACAAUAUGGGCAGUGGACGGUGCUGCACACGGAUGUACAGCCAUGGACCGUGGAACGAUGACAAAUGUGAAAACCGCUUCAUGGCAGUCUGCGCCAAUAUCACAGGCUCAAAUGUGACCUUCAUCCUCAUCAAUGUGUCCAUGACAUGGAUGGAGGCCCAGAGCUACUGCAGAGCUCACUACACAGACCUGGCCAGUGUAAGAAACAUGGCAGAAAACAUAAAGGUAGUGGAGCUGAUACCUCAAGGAGGAAAGGUCUGGAUUGGCCUUUUCAGAGACUCCUGGAAGUGGACGGAUGGAAGUAACUCCUCAUUUAGGUUCUGGCACCUAGACACAAGGGAACCUAAUAACAAUGCGGGGAAGGAGGGCUGUGUGGCAGCAGACUUUAACCACUCUGGACACUGGGAGGACUGGAACUGUAAUGUGAGGAGAGCAUUUAUUUGCUACAGUGAAAUUGUGCCUGUUGUGAAGAGAGUGGGGAAAGUGAAGCUGAUGACAAAAAGCUCCUCCCUGAACCUGAAUGACCCUGCAGUGAUGGAGGACAUCCUGAUGCAGCUCCAACAGAGGUUGAAGGACAGUGGAGUGAAUGAAGGCAUCAGACUGAGCUGGAGGAAGCAGUCAGACGGAAAGGUGUUCCACAAGGACGAGAAGAAGACUAAGAGAGGGGAUACCAUCCCCAAAAAACAGGAGCUUUAGUGGUGUGGUACUUGAAUUCUGUAAAAGACUUUCUGUUUGUCCAAAAUGUGUUGCUGUUGUCAUUCUAUAAUUUGCAUGAAUAAUUUAGACAAAUCAUGAACAUAUGUACUAUUUUUAUGAUGUCACCUUAGUAUGAACAUAAGUGUGAAGAACCAUGUUCUUUCAUAUUGGAACCAAGGCCCUCCCGGCCCUCAGUGUGCUGGCCACCCCGGCAC